AUGGCUGGGAAUACUCUCCUUUGGGCGUCCGCGGGCAGUGUUGGUUUUAAAGGGUCAAAAAGGUCAACGAGUUAUGCUGCCCAAGCAACCGCCGAAAAAAUUGCCCAAAACUGCCUCUCUCAAAACUUAUUACGUGUACAUGUAAAAUUAAAAGGUGUUGGUUAUGGCAAAGAAGCAGCUUUACGUGGUUUGCACACUUCCGGUUUAAAAAUUACAAAAAUUGAAGAUUUAACACGGGUCCCCUUCAACGGUUGCCGACAAAAAAAGCGUCGUCGUUUGUAA